AACCUUCCCUCAGCCAAUCACGGAUCGCUUCUAGCGAUUCUCGUCGCUGCUGUGACGAACAGCGCCUUUAUUGGUGAUUUGCAAAGAAGCUGCACAUUGGCUGUGAGAGGUGGAGGGGGUGUGGCGUAGUAUCCCGCCAAAGCUUGUAUGCUGUGCUGCUCCGACCCCGGGAGUCCCCGCAGUGAGUGGCUGCGCAUAGUGGGGUAUAGCGGGUGUGCCACGGUAGAAGGUAAAAUGUCAUCCACAUGUUCUGAAUACACAAUUGGUGGGGUGAAGAUUGUGUUCCCAUGCAAAGCUUAUCCCUCUCAGCUUGCUAUGAUGAAUUCAAUCAUGAGAGGAUUGAACUGCAAGCAGCAUUGUUUGUUGGAAAGUCCUACUGGGAGUGGGAAAAGUCUGGCAUUAUUAUGCUCUGCUCUUGCGUGGCAGCAAUCUCAGUAUGGAAAGCCAGUUGAUGAAGGUGAGAGUGAAAAAUGCUGGAAAAAGCAAGAAACCACAUCAUGUGGCUGUACAUGUCAUUCAAAGAUUACAGAUACCGGCGUCACAUCCACUUCUACCUCCAACGAUAACGUCUGGUCAUCAUCUAGUGGUCUGUUGACAGACAAACAUGACUCUGUCAAUAACAAACCUACACUUGCAUCAAAGUUGUCUGCGAAGAAACAGGCAUUUUUGGCUUCUGAUGAGAACGAUGAUUUUCAAGCUGAGAGAAAACGAAUGCGCCAAUCAGCAAAUGAACUGCAGACACGGAAACGGCCCUGCUAUGAUAAAGGUGUACAGUUUAUUGAUGAUGAUGAUGAUGAUGCAAGUCAAAGCAAUUUGGAUUCUAAUGGUUUGCAGCAGCAGAGAUUUGCUAUUCCAUGUGAUCUAGAUGAAUCAUCAGCGUCUACUUCAAAGCAAAAUUGUGAACCUUGCAGUCUCUGCUGCUGUGGGUGUGCCAAAAACCAGGACAAAAAUGAUCAAAAUGGCAAAAAGAAGGAAAAUGUAGACCGGCAGAGAGUGCCCAAAAUAUUUUUUGGUACCCGAACACACAAGCAAAUAGCUCAGAUUACCAGGGAACUACGAAGGACGGUUUAUUCAGGUGUACGGAUGACUAUCCUUUCUAGCAGAGAUCAUACCUGCGUUAACCCUGAUGUUCACAGUAAAAAGAAUGAGAAGUGCAAAGAAUUGCUUGAUGCAAAGGAUGGGCCAUCCUGUCGUUACUACUAUGGUGCUCAAAAAAUGAGUGAGCAGAACGUAUUACAACACAGACUAGGAGUGAAUAAGGCAUGGGACAUUGAAGAGCUGGUAGGCCUUGGAAAAAGACUACGUGCUUGUGCUUACUAUGCUGCUCGCGAGCUGAUGAAGGAAGCCGACAUUGUAUUCUGUCCUUACAACUACCUUUUAGAUUCCCAAAUUAGAGAAAGUAUGGAUAUUUGUUUAAAAGACCAGGUGGUAAUCCUAGAUGAAGCACAUAACAUUGAGGACUGUGCUCGGGAAUCAGCUAGUUAUAGUGUUACAGAAGCCCAGCUCAUAUUUGCUCGAGAUGAGAUGGACCAUAUGGUGAACCACAGGAUCAGACCAAGUGACCAUGAGCCUUUACGAGGCGUGUGUUGUAGCCUGACUAAUUGGAUAAAGGAAUGCACUGGCCAGUUGGUAGAAAGAGAAUAUGAAUCUUCAUGCAAAGUAUGGAAUGGUAAAGAGAUUCUUUCCAUUUUUCAUGACAUGGGCAUAACCAAUGCAACCUUCCCUCUUCUUCAGAGCAAUCUUGCAGCUGUGGUUGAGAAAGAGGAAAAGACAACUAUGCUGAAUGGUCAGGAAGCUAUAGUGAAAGUUCCGACAGUCAGCCCUCAAACACAAAUGGUUAUGAAAGGGCUGUUUCUUGUACUGGAUUACCUGUUUCGUCAAAACAGCAGGUUUGCAGAAGAUUACAGAGUUGCCUUGCAGCAGGCAUAUAUGUGGACAAACCGACAAGAUGAUGUAGAUGAAAAUGGAUUCUUUGCAAGACCUAAAAAUCGUAGAAGUGUUCGUCAGAAGACCCUGGUUUACACUCUAAAUUUCUGGUGUCUGAACCCAGCUGUGGCUUUUUCUGAACUGAGUGGUGAUGUUCGCACGAUUGUCCUGACAUCAGGCACCUUGUCCCCAAUGGAAUCAUUUUCCUCUGAGCUAGGUGUAAAGUUCUCUAUCCAGCUAGAAGCAAACCAUGUUAUUCAUAAAUCCCAGGUAUGGGUGGGCACUGUCGGAGAAGGUCCAAAAGGUCGGAAACUUUAUGCAACAUUUCAGCAUACAGAGACCUUCGAUUUCCAGGAUGAGAUUGGUGCGCUUUUAUUGUCUGUGUGUCAGACUGUGAGCCAUGGUGUACUCUGCUUUCUGCCAUCCUAUAAGAUGCUGGAGAAAUUAAAAGACAGGUGGAGUCAUACCGGUUUAUGGGAGAAUUUAGAGAGGAUUAAGACAGUCAUUAAAGAGCCACAAGGAGGAGAUAAAACAGACUUUGAUAAAUUGCUUCAGAUGUAUUAUGAUGCAAUCCGUUAUAAGAGAGAGAAAGAUGGUGCGCUCCUGAUUGCGGUUUGCAGAGGCAAAGUGAGCGAAGGGCUAGACUUCUCUGAUGACAAUGCCCGGGCUGUUAUUACAGUAGGAAUUCCCUUUCCAAAUGUAAAGGAUCUACAAGUUGAGCUAAAAAGAAAGUAUAAUGAUCAGCACUCAAAGAGCCGGGGACUUCUGCCUGGCAGCCAGUGGUAUGAGAUUCAAGCCUACAGAGCCCUGAACCAAGCCUUGGGGAGGUGCAUCCGUCAUAAGAAUGAUUGGGGUGCCCUCAUUUUAGUUGAUGACCGUUUCCGAAUGAAUCCUAAAUAUAUUAAUGGGCUGUCAAAAUGGGUACGGCAAUUAGUACAGCAUCAUUCAACCUUUAAUAAUGCACUACAAUCUUUGGAUGAGUUUUCUAAGAAUCAACAACAGAGUGCGCAGGUACUAAGCACGGCCAGUCUUCCUGAGUGUCCUCAGGAGCCACCUAUCUCUUCCAUAAAUACUUCCCACAGUUCGUCAUUGCUGGAAAUCACUGUUCACCCAUCUGAUGGUGUCUUAGAAGAAGAAAGAAGAUCUAUACAGAAUCAUACAACCCAGCCACCUACUAUCACAAUUUUAUCAAGUUCAGACCAAUCAGGAUCUGAAGAAGACAGCCGACUCAAAACUAAAGGUGAUGCCGAAGCUUUUAGAGCACAGAGGUAUCAAAAUAGAAACACCAGAAGAGGCAAAACAUUUCGCUCCAAUAGUCAAGUACCAGAGAAAUCUGAAAAGAAAAAGCUGAGUGAGAAAAAACAGAAAUCCUCUUUCUAUUCCUUCUUUAUCAAGAGUCCCCUUACAUCAACUCCAAUUCCUGCAUCUUCAAGGAGAAGCACCUUCCCAGAUACCAACCUGGGAAACCAUAAGACUAAUGACCGUGGAGAUUUUAUGGAAGGAUGUCCAACCCAAACAGACAAUGUGAUUUUUGACAGGUCUGGAAUAUUAGAUGGUGCCAAUAAUGUAGAAAUUCCUGAACAUUUGUCUAAUGUGGUUCCACUUUUUCAUGACAGCACAAAUAAUGAUGUUACUGUGAUUGAAACUAAUGAAAUCUCUGUCUGUGAGACACCUGAGAAUGAGAUGGAGAAAGAGGACACUAUCCAUUUUACUCCUGAACUAUUUGAUAAUGAGAUUAAACCACGUAGUCCUAAUCUGGGGAAACAAGAGAUUUCAAUGCUAUUUAAAUUUGAAGAUGAUUGCACUGGGGAAAUCACACAUGAAAAAGGGGACAAGGAUGUUGCCCAGUUAGAUUUCUGCCAUGAAACAGGGCCAGAAAAUGAUUUAAACACAUGCAAUGUUAGUGCAUCUGUAAACAAUGAGAGCAUGGUGCAAAGUGAAUGUUUGUCCAAUGGAGCGCAAAGAAAUCCAGGGAAAUUAGCUGGUGUAGCAAACACUCCACUACAGGGAACAGAGAGAAAAAAGAAUAGACUUUCUCGAUCCAAGAACAAAGGUUUGUCUUCCUUUGUUAUAAAUUGACUGCAUUGUAAUAGAAUUGAAGAUACAAUUACUAGGAACAUGUGAAUUACAUAUAUUUUAUAUUUUACAAACAACAAAUGGAUUGAUUCCUUGUAUGUUACAGUAUAUGCAAAAUCUACUGCUGGUGCCUUAUAGUGUGGUGUCCCGUUUGGCUCCUUACAAUAAAAAUGUAGCUACCA